GCUUGGCGACGUGGUGGAUUUCCUGUCAUCGUAGCUUGACUGCGUGGUACAUAUCUAUUUUCAACGUCAGGUUUGUCUGGUCUCAACAUGCUCACUUUCCGGCCGCUUUGAUACACCUUAAAUAUUGCUUUGUGCAGCGUUUCACUGUCUGUGUGAAAAGUCACACUAUGACGGGAGCUAGUCCCACUUGCAAAAUGAAGUUCAAGGUCGUAAUGAUAUGACGAGCAGCUUAUCUUUUCUUUCCGUCCAGUUGGACAAUGUUCGCUUUACAAAGUAGCUACGUGCCCAUGAAAUCCUAUACCAGCAUGCACAGUGUUAUCAAUGUUAAACAGUUUAUGAAACGGAUCAAAGUCCACGCAUUACCACAUAUAAGAGGGACGAACUAAUUUCGUUCUAUUCAUUCCCGCCAGCACUUUUGACUUUCACAACCAGGAAGUAUGGCGAUUAAAGACAUUUUUUUCAGGUGGAUCUCCUUCGGGCUGGGAUGUUUUUAUUCAACAUUCGUUUUCUUCGCUUUAUUUGCAUUGUUUGUGAGACACCCUAUCGCAUUUUUCUCACGAAAAAAACGAGAUGUGAUGCCAUCAGUUCUAAACGACCCGGACUUGGGGACGCAUGGCUAUGUCCACUUGGAGGAGGUAAAGAUCCACUACGUUGCCCAGGGCGACGAGACCAAGCCCCUAAUGCUGUUUGUCCAUGGGUUCCCAGAGUUCUGGUACUCAUGGCGAUACCAGCUGCGUGAGUUCAAGAAGGAUUACAGGGUUGUGGCCAUUGAUUUGAGAGGCUAUGGUGACUCCGACAAGCCUUCCGGUAUCUCCAAUUACAAUAUUUCCAAGAUGGUGGCCGAUCUUAAGCAACUCAUCCCUGCUCUAGGUUACAAAUCAUGUGUGCUGGUAGCCCAUGACUGGGGUGGCGCCAUUGCCUGGACAUUCACUGCCAUGCACCCUGAACUGGUCGACAAACUGAUUAUGAUGAACUGUCCCCCUCUAGACGCCUUUAGGAGCUACAUGGAGAAGAGUUUGGCACAGUUCAAGAAAUCUUGGUACGUGUUCUUCUUCCAAGUUCCAUUUCUUCCUGAGUGGUCACUGAGACUGAAUGACAUGUGGGCUCUAGAAGGAAUCUUGACGGGGCGUCAGUAUGGGGUCACCACAGAGAUAGACGAGAUUGAGGCCUACAAAUAUGCUUUCUCCAGACCAGGUGUUGCAACAGCUUCUAUCAAUUAUUAUCGAGCUUUAACCCGGUUCCCUCCGAGUAAAACCCCAAAGAUCUCUUGUCCUGUCCUGACAAUCUGGGGCUGCAAGGACGCGUUCCUGGAGAAGGCCUUGGGGGCGGCUGGUAAUACUGUUGCAGAUAAUUACACAGUCAAAUACAUAGAGGAGGCCAGUCACUGGGUCAUGAUGGACACUCCGGACCAAGUUAACAAACACAUGACCGAAUUUCUUAAGUAAAUAUGUAAGGCUCAGAUCCAUGGUAAGAACACAUCAGAGAUUAUCAAUAAAUUAUAUCAUAAAGUAAAUAUCAUAAAAUUGAGAUCAGUAUCAAAUGAGUGGUGGAUUCUCAGAUGUGUUGUAAAUUUUGUGGAGGUCUUACCGACAUUGUCAGAAUCAUGUUGAGUAAUGAAACUAGAUUUGCUUUGUUGGACUGGGACAGAACCUUAAGAAGAAAAUAGAUGGCAUCCCUGGCCAUCACAUCAACUUUUCUCAACAUGACGUGGCGGUAUUGACUUUGACGUCAUGAUGUCAUAACAAUAAAAUUGUUCAUACUGCCAUGCAUGGGGAUCUCUGGCAUAGAUUAAAGUCCUACCAACCACACUGUUGUGCUACUUGUUCAAAGUGACAUUUAUUGUUGUGAUGUCAGAGUGACAAAGAUAAAUGCAGCAUGUUGUAACUUUCCUGUUGAUAACUAUUAAACUAAUAUGGAUAAACA